UCCUGUAACUUCAAUCCUGUUGUGUAUUUAAAGUUUUAAACGUUUUGUGUACUAGUUAAAAACUUUUGUUCAUUAUUAUUUUAGAAACAAGAGGCGUUAAACAGUAGAAUGUCAGAGUCCAUUAAUAAUGAUUCACCAAAUGCUAUUUCAGAUGUUUCAAUAUCUGAAGGUAGUAAAUUGGCAAAUGAGGAAGAAACCAAAAACGAGAAUUGUACUUCAGUUCCACAACUUGAAAAUGAUGCAAAUAAUUUUGAAAUCUGUGUGAAUGAAAAACAUCCAUUAAAGGAUUCCAUACCCACCCUAAGUACAUGUGUAGACUCGAAAGAUAAAAAUUUACUUAAUACUACAAAAGAGAUUUGCGAGAACGAUGUUUUGGAACAGGAAAAAAGUAAUGACAUCUCAAAUAGAAAAGAUAAACCUAAUGAUUGUAAAUACAAGGAAUGUGACGUUGAAACAAGUAAAGCAAAUGAGCAAUUUACCUGCGAUGCAAAUAGCGAAAGUGAAUGCCCCAAAGAAAGCAAAAAUGUGGAAAGUAGCAGUAAAAAAUCGACUAAAGACAGUAAACCAAAAGAGUCUGCUGAAAAAAGUGAAAAGAAAAAAAAAAGGAAGCAUAGCAGGGAACACAGCAGUGAGCCAUCUCAUAAAACGAAGGACCGUAGCAGAAGUCGAUCCCUUUCACACCCCACUGAAAAUGAAAAAACAUUUGAUGACCAUAAAAAAAAUAAAAACAAUACAUUGAGCAAAACCGCUAGAAACGAGCAUCCUGAUUCUUCCAUGACUGCUCGUCAACGAAGAACUGUUGAUUUACUCACUUCAAGAACAGGAGGAGCUUAUAUUCCGCCAGCAAAAUUACGGCUUCUUCAAGCUGAAAUAACAGAUAAAUCUUCAGCUGCCUAUCAAAGAAUAGCAUGGGAAGCUCUCAAAAAAUCAAUUCAUGGAUACAUCAACAAAGUAAAUGUUGACAAUAUCGGCAUAAUUACUCGUGAAUUACUUAAAGAGAAUAUUAUUCGCGGUAGAGGUUUGUUAUGUCGUUCAAUUAUACAAGCACAAGCAGCAUCGCCUACAUUUACUCACGUAUAUGCAGCUUUGGUUGCUAUUAUUAAUUCGAAAUUUCCAAACAUUGGUGAACUACUUUUAAAACGCCUUGUACUACAUUUUAAAAGAGGAUUUCGUCGAAACGACAAAAUAAUUUGUUUAUCUUCUGCAAGAUUUAUUGCACAUCUUGUUAAUCAACGUGUUGCUCAUGAAAUUUUAGCUUUAGAAAUUUUAACUUUAUUAGUUGAAAAUCCAACAGAUGAUUCUGUUGAGGUUGCUAUCGCUUUUCUAAGAGAAUGUGGCAUGAAACUUACUGAAGUUUCAUCUAAAGGUAUAAGCGCUAUUUUUGAUAUGUUAAAAAAUAUCCUACACGAAGGAAAAUUAGAUAAAAGAGUGCAGUAUAUGAUUGAAGUUGUAUUUCAAGUGAGAAAAGAUGGCUUUAAGGACCAUCAAUCUGUAAUUGAAUCUUUAGAGUUAGUUGAGGAAGACGAUCAAUUUACUCAUUUGAUUUCUUUAGAUGAAGCCACUGAAACACAAGAUAAUUUAAAUGUUUUCAAGUUUGAUGAAAAAUACCAAGAAAAUGAAAAUAAAUACAGCGGAUUAAGUAGAGAACUUCUAGGGAGUGAGGCUGAGGAUGGAGACAGUGGGUCAGAAAGUGGUAGUGAGGAUUCCGAUAGCGACAAAGAAGAUGAUGAAAAUAAAAAAUCUGAAGUUAUUAUAGACAACACGGAAACAAAUUUGGUAGCACUUCGCCGCACUAUCUAUCUAACAAUUCAUUCAAGUUUAGAUUAUGAAGAAUGCGCACAUAAACUUAUGAAAAUGGAAUUAAAGGCUGGACAGGAACCAGAGCUAUGCCAUAUGUUUUUAGAUUGCUGUGCUGAGCAAAGAACUUACGAAAAAUUUUAUGGUCUUCUAGCCCAACGAUUUUGUGCAAUCAACAAAAUAUAUAUUGAAUCUUUUGAAGAAAUUUUUAAAGCCACAUAUUCUACUACUCAUCGCUUGGAUACUAACCGUUUAAGGAAUGUUAGUAAAUUUUUUGCUCAUUUAUUGUAUACGAAUGCUAUUGGUUGGGAUGUCUUAGAAUGUAUACACUUAAAUGAACAGGAAACUACAAGCUCCAGCAGAAUUUUUAUCAAAAUUUUAUUUCAAGAAUUAGCUGAGUAUAUGGGUUUAAGUUUUUUAAACGCAAAAUUAAAAGAUCCUGAACUUGCAGAAUCGUUUUCUGGUUUGUUCCCCAGAGACAAUCCCAAAAAUACUAGAUUUGCCAUAAAUUUCUUUACUUCAAUUGGUUUAGGAGGCUUAACAGACGACUUACGACAAUUUUUGAAAAGUUCGCCAAAAGUCAUUCCAAACAUAAUAAUAGAAAAGGAAUCAACGAAAGGCGACAACUCAAGUAGCAGUAGCAGUAGCAGUAGCAGUAGCAGUAGUUCUAGCUCUAGUACAAGUAGUAACUCUGACUCCGAAAGCAGCAUUAGUGACGCAAGUAGUGAACUUAAAAGCAAACAAAAAUCAAAAGUUGGUGUAAAGAAAAAUGAAAAAAAAAUAAGCUCUAAGAAGUUAAAAGAAAAACAGAAGGGAAAAUCGAAGCCACAUAAUUCCAAAAAAGAAGAUUCUACCAGUAGCUCUAGCAGUGACUCUGAUAGUAGUACCUCUAGCAGCAGCAGUAGUAGUGACGAUUCUAAAAAAAGAAAAAAGAGUAAACAAAAAAAAGGUAAAGAAAGAUCAAAGGAAAAUCCCAAUAAAUCAAAAGAAAAUUCAGAAAGAACAAAGCAAAAUCCUUUUAGAAAUAGUAAAAGAACAGACGAUUGUGAAGAUCAUCACUCUAACAGACAUAGAAGAGAAAGAAGAAUAUCAGAAGAUUUGAAUAGAGAUAAACAAGACAUUUACAAGACUUCUUCAAGUGCAAGUAAGACUAAAACUUCAGAAAACUUCAAAAGUGCUUCAAUUAUUUCAAAGGAAGGUUCCAAAACAAAUAAUGAGAAAAAAAAAUUGAGUGAAAACAAAUCUCAAAAAGAUGAUGGCAAAAAAUUUUCCUAUAAAAAAAAUGAUGAAUCAUAUCGUGACAGAUCCAGAGAGAACUACAAAGAAGAUCGUAAUAAUGAAAAUCGAAAACGGACAUACGACAAGCAUGAAAAGUAUGAGGAUAACAGAGAUAAAGACAAAGUUGAUAAGACAUCUUAUAAAGAAAAGAGUAGGAAUGAGCGUUACACAGAUUCUAAAAGAGACAAAGAAAGUCAUAGGGAUUACGAAACAAAGAAAAGAAAGUUUUAAAAUUAUAUGCUAUGAUUUCUAUAUUAAAAGUUCUUUGUAAAUAUAAAAAAAUUUUUGAUAAAUGAUCAAAUAAUUGAA